UAUAGAUUUUAGAUUAAUUAUAGACUAAUUGAUUAAACGAAGUAUUGAUCAAUCUUAAGUUUAGUUAAUUAACUGCUUUAAUUAAUUAUUCAAAGUAAUGCUGAAUUAGUUAAGGUACGCGAGAAUGGAACAACGCUAAUUAUAACAACACGGUUUGUUCGGUCAUUUUUCUAUCGAUUAGUCGUGUUGCGUGAAUAACUUACCGCGUUUGUUCUAUCGAUUAUUUUGUGCCUGUCCAGUCCAGUAAAUGAUAGCAUUAGUCGAACACGGAGUCUAUCCGUUGAAUAUCCUUUAAGGAAACGUUGCGUCAAGCGAUUUGUAAAGAUUUGCCGUGUUAAAUGUAAGAGAGUGAUAAAGUUAUUUUUAAGGAUAAAUUGUUAAGAAAAUUCAUGCGAUAUUUAUCUCAUUGAUUUAGCUAAGUGGAGCAAAAAAAUAAUUUGUUAACGCGAGAGGGAGUCAGCUCGUGUUUGUCGAAAAUAACGCUAGAUAUUUUUUUAGACUAUUUAUUCGGAUGCAAUGCUCUUUCGUUGAUCUAUCAUCGCGCAUUGAUGUGUCGAAUGUUUUAUUAUGAAAACAUGAGCGGUGGUCUCGUCGAUUAAAUUUUUAAUUCUUAUCGUGUCACGCGGACAACAAAGUGCGAUGCGAAUGCCCAAAAGGGAUAGACAUGAUACAAUAUUACGAAUGUGACUUUAAAAACGACAGUGACAGUGACGUGAUCGAGUACGCGUGCACAUCUGAGUAUUGUUUGUAUUGUCGUAAUUCGCAGUGCUGUCUCAUACUGCAACGGCGACCACGUCACCUCUGGGAGACCUGGUAUUUUUGGCUCGGCGUUGUUUUGCUCGCUGUUUUUCUCAUUUUUUCGGUGAGCAGCUAUCUAGUCAGUAAUCACAGACAUAACAUUCAAGGUACAAUUCCAAUCGGACAAAAUGCACAGAAUGUCGACGAUAAUAGAUGGAAUGACCGGGAGCCCAAUCAACUGAGAAAUAAUCAGGAUCAGAUAUCUAUAAGCGUAAUUUCUUCGACAUUUUUACCACAAAGGAAGAUGUUGAUAAUUGAUGCGCAGCCGAGCAUCAUGCAUAUGACACCCGUUGUUGCGUAACAAAGCGCCACUUUGCCGGUUGCGAGACCGAAAGACUGGGAAACGUGACGUUCUCUUCACAACGCUUACAUCUCGCAACAUAUGAUAAUAUAUGCUAUGGCACGCAUAUAAUCUUCGCAACGUCUUCUCAUCUUCGAUGAAACGUCGUAGUCUCGCUCUAUUACGGAGACUCACGCAACACUUAACUCGAGUACACUUAUUUAUUUUUCGCUCACGUGUAACAGUCGGUAGCUGGCUAUAAUGCGCUAUGAACAUGAAAAACUUCCGAUAAUCACAAGGAAAACAGAGACAGAAAGAGAGAGAGAGUUUUAUUUUCGAGAUAUGAAUUAUUUUUUAUAUAAAAAUUAAUCUUAAUUAACUUCCAUAAUGGAUUUAGAAUUCUUAUGGUCCAAAUAAAUCUCACUAUAUUUUGAUUAAUACUGUUACAGA